AUGAGAAAAAAUAAUUAAAAAACAAAUGAUAUCAAUUUGAAUUAUUUGAAUGGAGGAGGAUUCGCAGCCAGACCAAAAUCAUUACUUUGCACGAUAUGUGGCAGAGAGUUUGGAACUGCUUCUCUAGAAAUUCAUUAAAAAACUUGCAUCAAAAAGUAUUAAAAUGAUCUAGUGAAUAUGGAUCCUGGCCAUAGAUAAUACAUGCCCACGACAUAGUAGGUUUUAUAAAAGUUGGACUAGGAAAAAUAAGUUAGGUAAUAAGGUGGAACCAAGGUUGGUUAAAAGUCAUAGUAGGUCUUAUAUGAAUAACCCUAAUAAGUCAUGGCUCUUGUUGGAGUAAAUGUAUUAAAUAACUUUAUAGUGCAGAAAAUGUGGAAAAUCAGAAAACAUGAAUCUGUUUGCAUAGGACCGGAACCAGAUAUCUAAAAGAUUAAAGAAUAGUAAUAGGAAUAGAACAAAAGGGCUGCCAAAUAUUUAAAGCCAAAAAAAACAGGGAAAUGGAAACAACAGCAUCUUGAAUUUUAAUAAGCUUUAAGGGAAAUGAGGAAAGUUAGAUAGUAAGAAAUAGCAGAAGGGAGAGGCAAUCCUUUCGGUCAUCAAUAAUAUGGUUCAUCUUAUGGAAUGUAAAAUAAGUAACAAACUACGAAAAGUGGGAAAUAUAAUUAGUAUCAAACAAGCAAUUAUCGACCUUAAUCUAAGUAGCAAUAUUAAAAACAAACAUAAUCUUAAUAAUAAUAAUAGUUCAGUUUAUAAGGUUAUUCAUAAAGUGUUAAAACAACACACAAGUAACCUAAUUUUGAAUAAUAAUAAACAAAGAUGAUUUAAAAGUCUCCAAUUACUUAAAUGCCUUAAAAGUAAUAUUAGUAAUCUACUAAAAGUUCUCAAAAUGAUGUUGGAUAUGGAAGACUUGCUUAUAAUGGUGGUGGAGCAUCUUAUUAAAUUGCUCACUCGAAUGUUAGCACAUUUAGUUUAUUUACUUAAGAUGAAAAACAAAAAAACUAUGAUAAUCAUCAAAAAAACAAUCCGUAUGCAAAGAAGAAUGGGUUAUAUUGA